AUGGCUACCAACAAGAAACGCAAGUACGAAGGCGAACAUCGGACAUUUCUUCUUGAGUGGAAGGAAGGUUUCGCCUUCACUGAGAAAAACGCUUCAUCUGAUUUGAGAAAAGUCAAACUGGCCCAGCUCAAAUCCCGACUUCAGAAUCAGCAGUGCUUGAUGAAGACCUUCACCAAGGAAUCUGACGUAGCAGCCGAAGCAAGCUUUGCAAUCGCGUGGAACAUUGCUCGUACCAAGCGAGCUUACUCGGAAGGAGAAUUUGUGAAGACUAACAUCUCCGACGUCGUGGCAUUGUUGGAUCCAAACAACAAGAAUCUUCAAAGGUUGGUGAACCAAGUCCCAGUUUCACGACAUUCGGUCGAAAGGCGCAUUUCACAGCUAAGCGCCGACGUCGUCGACAAGCUUCAAGAGGGCCUAAACAGCUGCAAAGCAUUCAGCUUAGCCCUUGAUGAAUCUACGGAUAUACAAGACAAGCCACAGCUUGCAAUCUUCGUCCGUUAUGUCUCAUCCGACGAAAGCGUGAGAGAAGAGCUACUGGACAUGGUUGCCCUCAAGGAAACCACUCGCGGUGUUGACAUUAAGAAUGCAUUGUUAACAACGUUAGAGAGGUUCGACGUUCCUCUACAGAAACUUGUCGCUAUUGCCACUGAUGGUGCGCCUGCUAUGCUUGGUAAGAAUGUGGGCUUGGUAGGUCUUCUGCGGAGCGAUCCCACCAUUCCAGAUUUUCUCUCAUUUCAUUGCAUUAUCCAUCGCGAGCACCUGGUGGCGAAGCACUUCAGCUACAAAGACGUUAUAAGCACCGUCCUUCGAGUCGUCAACUACAUACGAUCAAAUGCAAAAACCCAUCGGCAAUUCCGCAACUUCCUCGAAGAACUGGAACUUCAUGAAGCGCCCAACGACGUUUCGUUUUUUUGUGCGGUACGCUGGCUGUCACUGAGCAACGUACUAUCAAGGUUUGUGGAUCUCCUUAAGCCAAUUCAAGCUUUUCUGGAGGCGAAAGAGAAGCCAUGUCCUGAACUUCAUGACGCAGGUUGGUGUGUUGAUCUCGGUUACCUCACUGACGUAGUUCAGCACCUUAAAACUCUAACCAUGUCGCUGCAAGGGAAAGAAAAAAUAGUAUCGGAAUUCGCUCAAACAGUCUUCAGCUUCCAAAACAAGCUAAAACUUUUUCAAAACGACCUGAAAACAAAGCGCCUGAUCCACUUCCCGCAGCUGAAGAUCAUGCUGGAUGCAGAACCCGAGUUUGAGCUGACCGAUGCUAAGCUCAGGGAAUAUUUCGUAAAGCUCGAGGAACUCGAGAGGGACUUUCAUUCCCGGUUCAAAGAUAUGCAGCAACUCAAGCCCUGUUUUGCCCUUCUGAUGAAUCCUUUUAUGGUUGAUGUGUUGAGUGUCUACUGUCCAGCCAUGAAAAACCUGGCAGGAGAUGUAGGAGCGUUGGAACUGGAACUGCUUGAACUACAAGAAGACGAAGGGCUGAAGACGUUCCUGCAGUCUCAGAAAAUUGCAGUAUUCUGGGGGCAGGUGCCAGAAGCAAGGUAUCCCCACGUCAAGCUCGCGGGCCAGAAACUCCUCUCCAUAUUUGGAUCAACAUACUGCUGCGAGGCUGUGUUCUCAACAAUGAAAGCGGUGUUCCAGAGCACCUUGCUGUCCACCUUGCUGUCAACGGCGCCGAGGGCACUACGAGGAACGACGACUACCAUCGACGGAUACAGUCUGGAGCCCGAAGCGCUGAACAAGACGAGCACCUACCAGCCAGCCUUCUUCGCGGCGACCAUUUCGCCGGGAACGGACGUACACUCGCUUUUGGGCGUGCAACCAUGGUCAUCGAUAAGAGGCGCGGGACCGCUUGACUGGCUUCCACCAAACCGUCAUUCGAGGCACGACACCGCCAUUGGAAUGCUGGCCUUACGGUUCCCUCUACUUCAGUGUCCAGUGUUCAAGGCCUCGAAAAAGGUCAGGCGGAAGUGCUUGUCACUCUGA